AUGCCGGCUGCCCCUGCCGCACCUACCGCGACCCCCAUCCCGCCACCGGUUGCCCCUCCUGUCGCUGCCCCUCCCGCUCAGGCCCAGCCGGCGGCGACGGAAGAUGCUGCUGCAGCUCCUCAACCUCCUCCGGCCAAGAAGAGCCGCACAAAUACUCCCUGGACCCCGGCCGAGGAGCUCCGCCUGAAGCAGAUGAGAGAUGCCGGCAGCAGCUGGGCUGAGAUUGCCAAGACCUUCCCUACUCGUACUGAGGGCAGUGUGAAGAAGCAUUGGUACAAGGACAUGCACUACGCCGAGUUCGCGGAAGACGAGAGCCAAGCCCUCCUCAACGCCAUCAAGGAGUACGAAAACAACAAGUGGAAGGUCAUCGGGCAAAAGGUCGGCAAGCCUGCCAAGGCUUGCGAACAGUACGCCAAGGAGCACUUUCCCGACCUCUACGCCAAGCCGACCAACCGGUAG